AUGUUGCGCAUCCUCCUUGUUCUCUCUCUCGCCAUUCGUGCCUCUUCAUAUACCGUUUAUUCCGUCAAAGACAGCUAUCUUCGCAACGAUUUUCUGGACUGGGACUGGUAUAGCUCCUCUGAUCCUACUCACGGACGCGUAAACUACGUGACCAAGUCGACCGCCAUCGCUGAGAAUCUGACGGACGCGACCGACACAACUUUUCGAAUGCGGGCUGAUACCAAGAAAAUGCUCAGUCCAAGUGACCCUGGGCGAGACAGCAUUCGCAUAUCUUCCCCAACCGCAUACUCGGAGUCUGUAUUCAUUCUUGACCUCUGGCAUAUGCCCACCGGAUGCGCCACAUGGCCAGCGUGAGCGACUGUUUCGACCAACUGCGACGCGUCUGUGAAUUACAACCAAGGUUGUGGCGUCGCCUUCCGCAAACCAAACUCGUUCGGUCAGGGCUUCAAUUCUAAUGGCGGAGGGGUAUAUGCCGUGCAAAGGGAUUCAUCUGGAAUCAGCAUUUGGUUUUGGCCCCGCGACGAUGAACAUUUGCCCGGAGAGAUUUACCACAAGUCGCCAACGGUCAGUCCAUACUAUUGGGGAGCUCCAGAGGCAGCAUUUCCCUUUGGUGAAUGCGAUUACGACGACCACUUUGAUCCACACAACAUUGUGUUUGAUCUCACGUUCUGCGUAAGUCGCCUUCCAGUUGCAUGCUUUGUCUUUGUCGUUGAUGACUCAACAGGGCGAUUGGGCAGGCAGUGCGUAUCCAAAGUCGGGGUGUCCAUCUAACUGCGUUGAUUGUGAGAGCGCGGCAUUUCGUCUGCCUACGAAAGCUUAUGAACACAACAGAUGUCAACAACAACCCUACCGCAUUCACAGAAGCGUAUUGGGAAAUAGCCUCCUUGACUGUGUAUACUCCCGUCCAGUAA